AAAAUCGAAACAAAAACAGUGUAUUUGUUUGUUGGUAGAAAAGUGCAUACGGAUGGCAUGGCAUGGAGCAUGCAGAUAGCGGAAAACACUCGAUUCCCAGUUUGUUGGUUCACUUACAAUAUUCUCGCGGAGUUUUUCGGAGCAGACACAGUAGCGAAAAUAUACGCGACAGUGGGACUAAAUUAUUUAUUACACAACAAAUAAAUCAAAAAAGGCAUCAGCGUACUGCUAAACGUUUAAAAGUGGCAGCGUUCUGCUAAAAAUAGGUUGUAAACAAACCGAGAAUUAGGAAAGAAGCGCGCUCUGCGUCAUUGACCCACUAAAUUACCUCUGUCAUUGACAACGUCGUUGUCGUCGCCGGCGAAAGAACGCGCUAUCUUUGUUGCCUCUCAAAGCAAACCGAAUCCAAGUGCAAGAGCUGUUGUAACAUCUUCAGUAGCAGGAACACGUGCAGUUUGGCAGCCAUGGCGAACCGACAAAUGGCCCAAGCCAAUGCCAAUGCGCCAGAGAACCAUCUGCGGCUAUCCUGGCAUGACACCCAGAUGAUGGCCACGCUGAGCCCCCAGACUGUCAUGGACUACUUCUGCCGCAAGUCCAAUCCGUUCUACGACCAUUUGUGCAACAACGAGACGAUACGGAUGCAGCGGCUGGGUCCCGAGCAUUUGCACAACAUGAUUGGACUGGAGUACAUCUUACUGCAUGUGGCCGAACCCAUUCUGUAUGUGAUACGCAAACAGCAUCGUCACAAUCCCUCGGAAGCGACACCCAUUGCCGACUACUAUAUAAUUGGAGGCACUGUUUACAAGGCGCCCGAUUUGGCAAACGUCAUCAAUGCACGCAUACUCAACACAGUCGUCAAUCUUCAGUCUGCCUUCGAGGAGGCCAGCAGCUAUGCCCGGUAUCACCCCAACAAAGGAUACACUUGGGAUUUUUCCUCCAACAAAGUUUUGUCCGACAAGUCCAAGUCGGACAAAAAAGAUGCCAGCGCUGUGAAGGAUGAAAAUAGCGGCACUCUGUUCCAGAAGCAACGUGUGGACAUGCUGCUGGCCGAAUUGUUACGCAAGUUUCCACCGCCCAUCCCUCCCAUGCUACAGAAUCUCCAGCAGCAGCCCUUGGCAGCGGGGGAUGAAAUGACACCCGGCGGUAUCAAUGCAACCGAUAUGAACAAUGCCACGGGGCCGCUGGAUAUAAAGACAGAGGGUGUGGACAUGAAACCCCCACCCGAAAAGAAGUCCAAGUGAUUCUGUUAGUGUGUAUUUUUGUUCGUCGGUUGUUGGAUAUUAAAGUACACUGGAACUAA